AUGGUGUGGCUGCCUAUGGCGAUGGCCGCCUUCGCUCUGCUGGUGGCUGUCGGCGCGUCUGCCCUCUCGCUGCACAGUCCGACGGCCCGGGCAGAGGCGGACCUCCCCGGAGUGCGGGAGGGCACAGCGCCGUGGCUGGUCGAGCUGAUGCGGUCGAACCAGCACGCGCACUCGCAGGCGCAGCAGGCCGUCUCGGGCGCGUACCACGACGCCUCCCGCCGCGCAGACGCGUGCUCCGAGGAGCUGCGCGCCGCCGUGGCCGACCUGGCGCGCGCCGAAAGCCGCGCCCAGACCUGCGAUCGCGACUUGCUGGCGCGCGACGAGUACCUCAAGGCGGCGGCGCCGGAGGCGGAGCUCAAGGAGGCGCAGGAGCAGCUCGUGCGCGUUGAGGCGUACUUCGGUGCUGCGGCGAUGGCCGAGGCUGGCUUGCGCGCGCCCUCGCGCUUGGGGCGGACCGGAGGCUCGCGGGAGGAGCAGGAGGCGGAGGCGGGAGGAGCGCCGUUGCGACGCCCACGGUCGGUGGCGGGUCACCGCGAGGUGCUGCUGCUGCGCGGUGAGGCCUUGUAG